AUGUCUCCAGCAACCAGGCCAGCAGACGGAUCAAAAUCAGUUCAGGUCACGAAGCUGAGCAACCAGAUAUCGCGACACUUCAAGCAGUUCGGUCUGCGCAAGGCAGAGUUCAAGAGGCAGAAAUCUCUCCUCAUCGAGAAAGAGCUUCAGGCCCACUUCAAAGCCAAGCACGAGACGGAGCGUGCGGAGGGAGAUGCUUCGGAAAGACCCGCAUCAAGCCCGGCGGCCAGCCCGACCAGCAAGGCUAGGGGUCAGUCGCCGCUUGCGCAGGCUUACAUGCCACCUGCUUCACCUGGGAAAGUGUCCACUCGUUUUGCAGCAUCCCACCCGGUGUGGAUGCAUCCUUGCAUCCACCCUGGCGCUGCCAGUCAGAGGCCAGCCUCGCAGGGCUCGCGGAUUCGCUCAACAAGUGGAGCUUCGUUCCCGUUCGGUCCAUCGGAGGGCUUCCAGACGCUAGUGGAGCCAGACACUACGGAUCCAAGCGGAGACAAGUCGGAAAAAGCGGAUCUCGGUCUCACUUCUACGUCGUCGUUGGCAAUUUCCAGAUCUAGGCGGGCGUCUCCGAAGAAGCCUCAGGGAGGACUAUUCUUUGCAGGUCAGCUCGAGACUGCCGAAACUGAGGAAGACCGCUUGUUCGGCACGAGCAGUCGCGAGGAAGAGCUUUUCCAAGCUGUCGAAGAAGAAGCUGCUGCCUUGAAAGCGAACUGGGAGACAGGUGGGGCAGAGGAUGGCAGAGGGCGGAGUGGUCAGCCGGAGUUUGUAGGACGACAGGGAUUCUACAACAGUGAAUCUGGUCUCCUCGCACCUCCAAGGUUGCUAUCGCCCUUUGAGAUCUUCUUCUCGCAGAACCACAUCCGCCCGGAGUUUCAGGAUGGCCGUUCCAUCGACGCCGCUGUCGGAUGCAUAGGAUCUCGCCGCUUCGAACCGCGUGAUGGUUUCGAGGACCUCGGAUGUCCCGAAAAGUCGUCGUGGUGGCUGCUGUCACCACCUUUCCCAAUGAUAGAAGUCAUUCAGUGGAGGAUAAAGCUUCGCGAGGAAGAUGGAUGUCAAGUGGUUGACGAUGAUGGCAACGAGCUUUACGGCGAGAGAGAAUGGUACACCUUGGACAACCGACGAUUGUACUGCUUACAGAGAGCUGCAGUGGCCCUCUAUCCAAAGCAGGUCAGAGUGCUGGUCAGCGUUGUCCAUCAGGAAGAAGGGAGCUGUCGCGAGUUCCGCAAAUUUCGCUCCGUUGACCGCGGCCGCAGCAUCCGCCUUGGCCAUCGGGACUCGCCUGAUCUUCCCCGUUGGUGCUGGCGGCUGGAGGUUGGGCUUGCGGAGGAAGUCCUGCCCGCCGGGUCUGCUUUGCCGAGGCCGGGCAGGCGCCGCGAUGGCAGAGGAUGGGCUGGGCGGCCGGCUGGCCGGCGGAAGAACGACAGGGAUCCUGCCGACAGCGAAGACCAAGCAUGGGGUAGCCAUUUAGCAAAUGCCUCUCUUUUUGUACUGGUCUAUGCCACCAUGCGUCUGUUGUUUGCCUUGUGGCGUCACUAUUCAACAGAUGAGCGAAGGCAGUCUUUGACCUCUUUGUGA